AUGCUGAGAACGGCGACGCGUCCAUGUCUGCAAUUGCAUGCAAGAUACAUUUCAAACACCUCUCAGGCAUCUUCAGCAGAGUUGAAUAACUCGCCGCCCGCAGAACUGGACGGCCCGGAUAAGCAGCUCGUCGAAGACAUCAACAUCAGUUUUCAAAAGCACGAAAACUCGUUUGGACAAGUUUCUGACGCGUUUAAAACCGCGAAUGCUUACGCUGAGAACCUCCAAGACGACAGCAGCCUGGUGAAUAUUCGUCCCUCUUCUGAACCUUUGAAGAGUACCCAAUGGAAGCGAAAAUCGGCAGCAGCACGCUUUGGGAGUGAUAGAAUCAACCAAAUCAAACUUCCAUUUGAACUCAUCAGCUCUAUGGAGAUGCUCGUCAACGAAAGUGAUAAACAUCAAUUAAGGCAGGAUGCCAAACGGCUGUUCUCUACUCCAUUGGGGGCAAGGUCACGGUGGACCGCCGACACUCCUAAGUACGAAUCCACAAGAGAUGAGCGAUUAAAGGGCCCUCGCGAGGGGCUCGCGUAUGCCGUUAUUACACUCCCGGGUCAAGCAGCUGCCAUAACUUCCGUUCUCUAUGAGUUGAAGCUGCGCUCGCCUCGGGACUGGACGGCAACGACAAUUCUAGACUUUGGAAGCCAAACUGGAGCCGCUUUCUGGUCGACGUUGACGUUCUUCGGGAAACGGGAAGAAGGUUGGGAACACCAGGAAACGACCCUCAAAGAAACUAGUGUCAAACGCUACGUUGGGUUCGACAACCGUCAAGGUCUUGUCUCAUUAGCCAAAAGAAUCGAGCGAGACCGUAUGACUGGAGACUGUGCCGUGAUACACAGACAGUUUUGGCGUGAGCUCAAUGACUUUGACUUGCAGCAAAUCCAAGGAGAUCAUCGUCAAGCCAUUGCGAUCUCAGCUUUUGUAUUGUCUCAACUUCCGACUUCUGCAUCAAAAAAGCAACUUGUCAAAGAAAUGUGGGACUCAGAGGCCGAUACGAUUAUUAUUGUCGACCAAGGCACACCUGAAGGGUUUCGCGCUGUUGCUGAUGCCCGAGACUAUCUACUUGGACUUGGGAACGCCUCUGAAGGCGGAGCUCAUAUAGUCGCUCCGUGUCCACACGACGGCGCCUGUCCCCUAAAGUCGACUCCAGAUGUCUGCGCUUUCUCGCAGCGAUUCCAUCGACCCGAGUUUCAAAAGAAGACAAAACACGCAAAAGGUUUCUAUGAGGACGUUCAAUAUUCCUAUGUUGUCGUUAGGAGGGGUGCCAGGCCGCCUUUACCCAAACGUCUUGCCUACUAUCCCUCUAUGAUGACCUCGAACCCCAUUCGGCAAGAUAAGCGCUCUGAUGUGCCUUCAGUCGACACGCUGGAGCAUGCACCAGCGGAUAGCUCAGACGGCAUCGAAAUAGUGCAUUCCGAGCCUUUAAACCAAGAUGACAAAGGCAUAUAUCCCGACGAGGGUGAUGCACUCCCCUUGGAGACCGAACGCCAGGGAAUGGAACGAAUCUAUCAAACAGAAGCAGCCGAUACAGUGCUUCAAGAGCAUCUGCGACAGAGUUCAUAUUCAUGGAGGCGUAUUAUAUACAGUCCAAUGAAGAGAUCUGGCCACGUUACAAUGGAUACAUGUACCCCUAAUGGACAAAUUGCUCGUAUAGUCAUUCCCAAGUCACAAGGCAAAAGGGACUAUUACGAUGCCCGCAAGGCGGGAUGGGGAGAUCUCUUUCCUCAUGAGCCAAAGAAUGGAGAGGUUAUCCGAGCGCGCGGAAUACGACGACUCGAGAAGAACGAAGCGACAUCUGAUGUUGAACCGGAUGAGGAUGAUUCCAUCGACCAGAUGCUGGAUGCCUUUGGUAUUGACCUCGACAAGCUCGGACGAUCAAAGAGAGACAAGCACGAUCGAAGAGAUCAACACAGGAGGCGGAAAGUGUGGCGGAAACAAGAAGAGCGAGGUUACAAUUAG